AUGAUUUCAUCCAAGCCUUCGCCGUUCCACUGUACCCGAAACUCGUCCAUAAUUCUUGACGUUCGACGACAAACACAGGCUCAAAAUGCACCACGUCGACAUGUUGCACCACUGGACGACUCCAGAGAAACAUGCACCUGCACCAUCGCAACCGGCGGCGGCGCCACAAUCGAGAGGCUCUCCUCCUGGUGCAACUACAAGUUCCUCAACUUCAAAUAG